AUGAGACCUUCCAAGCUUCCAUAUCGGAGAAAGAAAGAUGCAACUCAUGGUCUUAAUUCUAGAAAUAGUUACCCAGUUUUUAAAUCUAUAGAAGAUGUCUCUAUAAUGAGACCUACGAAGCUUCCAUACCGUAGAAAGAAAGAUGCAUCUCAUGGUUCGACUAGAGAGAAAACUUUGCUACUACCUGGGUUACAAGAAGAUUUUGUAUGUUUUAUUGCUACUGAUUCAGAGUCAAAUAGAGGAAGCGAAAAUGAUAUGUCUACUGACGAGUCUGAUACCGAACAUGGUGAUGAUAGUACAACGUCUAAUGUAAUUGGCGGAUUUACGGCUAUUAGAGCUGGGUUACAAGAGAACGGAUAUUACGAUGAUGGCGAUCCUUUUUAUACAUGUGAGAAUUGUGGAGCCUAUAUGUGGUUUGGAGAACGUGUAGGCAAGGUUAACCAUUAUGUUAAUGAUGGUGCUGGACCCUAUCUGUUUCAAAUGUGUGGAGAAAAUUAUCACCGUGGUGAUAUUUUGCCUAAACCAGGAAAAACACCUAUGUUCUUACAACUAUAUAUUCAUGAUAUACAGAAUGAGGUUUCUAAUAGAAUAAAUGCAUACGGAAGAUCUGCAUCGAUUGAAAAUUUGAGGCCCUCCACUGUAGAGCUAAUCAAGAAGAUGCUUGAUGAUCAUAAUCCAUACGUUCAGGCUUUUAGGUCGGCAAGAGAGAGGUUCAAUAUGGAUCACGGUGUGGAAGUUUUAAAAUUAUGUUUGCCUUCGGAUAGAGCUUCUGAUGCGAGGACUCAUAAUCUACCUACUUGCAAUAAGGUUGCUGCUUUGAUUCCUGGUGAUUUAAAUUGCGGUGAGAAUAAGCGUGACAUUAUUAUAGAAGGCCGUUCAGGAAAUUUACAAAGAAUAAGCGAGCUGCAUCUGGCAUAUUUACCUUUACAAUAUAAAGAGGACGGCUAUCGGUUAGGGAUUGACAUAGGUUUUGUAGAUACUGCUGGACGGAAAAGGAAAACCGUGAGCAUGAGGGAAUUUUAUGCUUAUUGA